AUAUCAACACUAGCAGCUCAAACUUCACUUGAGCAGCCCAAAGCUCGAUUAACUUCACAAAUUUGUAUUGUUUCCCAUGUUGUUCGCUCUGUAAUAGGUGUCUUGCGCAACGAUUUUGCAAUGGGCUCAAAGGUGAUAACUAGUGCGAAGGAGUUUUAUAAAAUUCUGCGGUCACUUCAAGAUAAGGAAAGCAACGAUCCAUUUACAUAUGAGGAGGACAUCCAAAUUUUAAAGAUGAAUGGAGACAACAUCCCUGUGCUGAAUAUGUACUAUGGCAACCAGCCGGUCUUCAUCUGUGAAAAAGCUGUUCCAAAAAUAGAUGAACCUGAUGAUCAGCCGAUGACUGAAACAUCCAACUGCACUGAUGACGGUGCUGAUGAUGAUGCAAAUGUUCUCCAGACAGAGCUGGGACCACAGCCACUCACAAUCAUGAAAGCAAGGCAGCUGCUGUCCUGGUACACAUUAUCUCAGAAUGCUAAAGUGUCAGCCGUAGACAACAACCCUGGCUUACACCCACUGUGGGUGCGAUGUGACAUGUCUGAUCCAGCUGGGACAACCUGGUUUGGAGCUGAAACAGUCUGCACAGGCAAUAAAGUGUCUGGUGUCAAAUUAUACUCUGUUACCUGCAAAGGCUCAACUGUGGACAAAAGAUGUCUCAUCACCUUGGAGGAGCUUAAACAAGAGCACAAGAAAAGGCACCCUCCAUCUUCAAUGGCCGUUAAAGGCAGUGCCAAGUUCAGCUUGUUUGGCUCCAGUGUUGUUGAAAACACCAUAAUUGAGUCACAGAGUAGUGUGACAGUGGAUUUCAAGUGGAGCCACGUGGAGAGUAUUCUCGAGACUCCACCCCUGUCCUCCACAGCAACACUGAAUAUCAAAGUUUCCAGCGGGGACAUGAGGAGCCCGAUGUAUGAGAUCUACAGGGAGCUAGAGUUCCUUCAGACUCUUGCGGAUGGUUUAAGAACUGGUGAGACUGAAUGGAUGGAGCCUUUGGAAAACACAUCAGCUGUAAAUCUGACCAAAGCUUUCUUAGAAGAGCUUCGGGGCACUGCGAAGACACUACAGGAUGAGGCUACAAAAACAGCUGAGCCCACAAAGCCGAAGGCUGAGACAGACCCUCCCAUUUUCAACUCUUUCUUGGAACGAGGCGAUUUGGAUUUUGUGGAGCAGCUGUGGGUUCGGAUGAGAAAGAGUGUGACUUCCUAUCAAGACAUUGGAGAAUGCCUGAAAUUGGUCACGGAAGCUCUGAGAUACGGUGACAUCAAACCCUGGAUUCACAGAGACAGCAAUAGCUCCCUCAGCAAGCUCAUCCUGCAGUCCUACCAUCAGCAGAUCGACCACGUGUCUCUCACAGGUGUCACCCCUGUCCACAUGUUGCUGGAGAUGGGUCUGGACAAGAUGAGAAAGGAUUACAUUAACUACCUCAUUGGUGAAGAAUUGACAACUCUUAACCACUUGUGUUAUUACCUGAGCACGGAGGUUGACCUGCAGGAGCAAGUGAUCCGACUUAGAAAACUGCACCAUCUGCUGGAGAUAAUCGUGACCUGCAGUACUUUCCUGGGUUUGCCCUACGACCGGCUCUUCCUUCUCACACAGUCAUGUUUGCAGCACUACAAAACACACCCAUAUGAUGAGGAGCAUGAAUUCAAACUGCAAAUCAAACCUGCGCUGAUCAGCCAUUUCUACCAGAAAGAGCACCCUGUUGUGUGGGGGGCUGAGAUGUCCAGUGGCCACGGUCCACGUGAGGUCAGGACAUCUGUGCAGCUCAGUGACAGACCGCUGGUUGAUCAUGUCAUCUUUGACACAGAUUACCCAAAUGAAACAGUGAAUGGGGACAGCGAGGAUCCCGCCUUCUUCUCCACCAUGGUGUGCUGCAGUCUCGUCAACUUUGCGUAAAUUUACAAAGAGCGCAACUAAACAACAAAGGAGAUGAUUAUUGUCAUCUCAUAAUAUUCUCAUCAGCAAAUAACAUUUUUUUAAUUACAAAAACAUAUAC